AUGCCGUUAACUGAGCGACUUAAACGAAACGAUGGAGACGAUCAUGACGACGGCGCUGAGGACAGCGGAUCGGGCGAUAAAAGUGACGACGAUUUAGACGAAACGGUGAUGGAAUACGACGCAAGAGAUAACGACGAAGACGAAGAUACAAGGCCGGAGGAACGCAGAAAGUAUGUGCUAACUUUUAAAGACGUAGAAGACGCUAUCGAUAAAUUUAGCGGCGAUGACGGAAAAAACAUUAAUCAGUGGAUAAGAGAAUUUGAGGACUUAGUGAAAUUAUGCGGAUGGUCGAUGGUACAUCAGACGAUAUAUGCGAGGCGAUUAUUGGUCGGAUCUGCGCGCCUUUUUGUAAACCAUGAAGUGCGUGGGAAGCCGUGGAAGGACAUCAAGGCUGCGUUGAAAUCUGAAUUCGCCCCCAGGUUGGAUAGUCACGCUGUUCACAUGAAGCUACAAAGAAGAAAGAAGAAACAGGACGAAACUUACCACCAGUACUGUUAUAAAAUGUUGGAAAUAGCGUCGCCGAUAAACAUGGAAACUUCCGCGAUUAUUCAAUACAUAAUAGAUGGUAUUACCGAUGACGAGGUAAACAAAACAAUUUUAUAUGGCGCUAAAACUAUUUCACAAUUGAAAACGAAAUUAGAUAUGUAUGAGUUAAUGAAAGCUAGGAAUAAGCAUGUAGGUAAUGUUAAGAUUAGGGCCGACGAUAUCAGGAAAAAGCAGGCGCAGGACAAGACAGGCGAAAAGACAGAAAUUAGGCGUUGCUAUAAUUGUGGUGGCAAAAACCACGUUAGUGCUACGUGUCCGUCGAAGGAGAAGAGCGUAUUAUGCUUCCAGUGUAACGAACAUGGGCAUAUCGCAGCGAAUUGUCCGCAACCUAAAAAGACAGAAAAGAGUAAGAAAUGUAAUGCGAUUCAAGAUAAGGUAGAAAGCAAUCCGAAGGUAAUAUGCGAUAGAUCUAAAAGAAUUUAUAAACUUGUUGAAAUUAAUAAUAGUGACGUAACUGCUUUGUUUGAUUCAGGUAGCGAUAUAAGUCUAAUGCGUGCGGCAUUUUAUGUGAAAAUAGGAGCUCCAAGUUUAGUUAAGCAAACGAUUAAAUUUUGUGGCAUCGGCGCUACGGAAAACGUUACCUUGGGACGAGUUUGUAUGGGAGUAGGUAUUGACGGUGAACACUUUGAAGUUGAUUUCCAUGUGGUCUCUGAUGCACUCUUAAACGAUGACGUUCUUAUUGGUUCAGAUUUUUUGAGUAAUGUCGACGCACGAAUAAGAGGCGGUAAAAUAAUAAGUAUUACCAAAAUUGUGAAGGAGCCUGACGAAUCGCUUUUUGUCAAUAGAAUUAACAUUAAUUCGGAAGUGAGCGAUAUAGAUCUCACACAUGUGAGUAAUCAGGAUCACAGGAAGCAGCUUCAACAGAUAAUAUCCGAUUAUAAGCCGCAAAAAACUGAAGAUGUAGGAAUUAAGUUACAAAUAGUAGUAAAAGACGACGUUCCGAUUUACCAACGCGCGCGCCGAUUGGCACCUCAAGAGUUAGAGAUUGUUGAUUCGCAGAUACAAGAAUGGUUACAAAAGGGUAUUAUUCAGUCGUCAUAUUCUAAUUAUGUCCCAUUGUACUUGUUAAAAAGAAAAAUGGCACAACGCGAUUAUGUGUUGAUUACCGCAAGUUAA